AUGACAGAAAUAACUAAAGAGGAGAAUGACAAGAAGGAAUCACCUGUGGUCGAUUCCACAGGAAGAACACUGAGGGAUUACUUGAAAACUGAGUUUGGACCUAACACCAUUGGAAUCGAAGCAGGAGCUGAUGCACCAGUUAUGCGUUUUCGACCACCAUUUCAAAGGAUUGCCAAGUAUGACACCAAAGCUGAUAGCCUUCAACUUGUUAUCGACAAUCUCACUCAAAGACGUUUGCCCAUCAAUGUUGCAUAUGUUGUGGCUUUAAAUUAUAUCAAGCAAAAUGAAACUGAGUUUGAGAUCGAAGAUGUUCCAUUCACGGAAGGAGGUUCCGAAGCUGAUCUACUUCGUGAGGGCGCUAAUUGGGCGAAAAAGAUUCUGGACGGAAUAACGCCUUACUGCCAACAGAUCAUUCAAGGAACUGUUGAUGUGGAAGGAUUACCCAAAAAUUGGUGGAAUUUGGCUAUUUCCUCGACGACGGAUAGAGGAAGAAGAAAGCAACAGGAAGAUCGAAUGGUCGUUUUGCCUUCUCUCCAAUUUCAUUUCCCUCACAUCAAGGAUUCAGUAUCUCUUUUCGGAGUUUUUGAUGGACAUGGUGGUCCUUCAAUUGCUACUUAUGCCGCUGCUCAUCUUCCUUUCGAAGUUGGAUCUGCUUUAGAAAAGAGUCCUGAAGAUCGUGGAGAAGCUUUGAAGUUGGCUAUGGCUGGAAUGGAUAAACGAGUUGCGGCAAGAUGUCAAGUGGAGCCAUGGACUGGGCAAGGAAGUACAGCUGUCGUCUCACUUGUUGAUGAUAGCUUCAUCCAUAUAAGAUGGCUCGGUGAUUCCAAUGCUUAUUUACUUACUAAAACGGGUGUAAAGCUUGUAACCGUGCCUCAUACUCCUCGAGAUAAUGAUGAAGCUGAACGUAUUAAAAACGCGGGUGGAGAACUUAUUUUUGUUCAGGGUGAACUACGUGUAAAUGGGGUGUUGAAUCUGACAAGGGCCUUAGGCGAUCUCUCGGGACGACCAGUCAUCAGUGGAGAUUCCGAUGGAAUUCAAAUCAAGAGAGAGGAUGAUCAAUACCUUCUUAUGUUUGUUUGUGAUGGCGUAUGUGAUGGUAACAAAGCGAGCGAUUUUCAUGAAAUGGUGAAAGAAUUUGUAAAUCAAAAUGUUGUUGAAGAUUAUCAUGACUUGGCGGAAGCUUUGGUUCGAAGUGCCAUAGAUAACGGAAGUAGCGAUAAUUGUACUUGUGUUAUUGUCUUCUUGCGUUCUCCCAGUGAUCUCUGGAAGCUUCUUUACAAGACUGAAAGCAACGAGGAGGAAGAGAAAUUCGAAUGA